GCUUUAACUUCUUGUCAGGACAAGAAAAGUAAUUUUCAAGAAGUGUCUUUUCUUGUUAACGCAGACGACGUUUCCAAACGCACCCUUAAAAACCACCUCAGUUUUUCAAACACCUCCUAUAGCAAAACUCCUUGAAUUCCUUGAAAAGAGUGGUGGGGGCGCUGAUGAUCCAACGUUGGAUCCAGCUAACAACAACAACAACCAACUAAUUUGAAGAAAGGGUCUAUGGAGCUUUGAACGCUGCUGAAAGCACCCGUGAUGCCGAAUUUGAUAAUUCCCGCAUCGGAAAUUAUGAACAAUAAUGUCAUCGAACCUGCUCAACAGCAACCGGUCAUAAGCCACAAUAUCAUCAUCAUUCACCCAGGUUCACAGAAUCUGCGAAUCGGAAGGGCUUCAGACCCUUAUCCCGUCACCCUGCACCAUGCUAUUGCAAGGAAAAGAUUAAGACCGGAUUUGAUUCAAGUGGACACAUUAUUGCCAGCCAUUUACAAUGAUCAAAAUAUAUUGGCUGAGCUGGAUGAGGCAAGACUUCAAGUCAGUCAUAUCCUGCAGUCAUGUCUACAAUCUGAUGGAUCAAGACGUUAUGCCACUCCUCCACAGCAGAUUUCUGCUUUCAAUCGUAGAUCUCGGUUGGAAGUGGUCCGAAAUACCAAAGAGGAGCCUUUUUCCCACGAAAAUGUCAUCAUUGGAGAUGAUGUCCUAAAUUUGCCAGAAAAUGAAGAGUAUAAUGUCUUCUACCCCAUCAGAAGGGGUGUCUUUAACAUACACGCCGGAGUUGGCGGAUCUCUUACAUCUGUCCUGCACGACCUGGAGACUAUUUGGUUGCAUGCCAUUGAGAAGAGGUUAAAAAUACCAAGAAAACAUUUUCCGGUCUAUAAAGUGGUCCUUGUGAUUCCGGACAUUUUCAACAGGAAACACUUGUCGGCGCUGAUGAACUUGGUGCUUACUAGAAUGAACUUCAACUCAUGCUUUUUGGUCCAGGACCACAUAGCAGCGACAUUUGGCGCGGGCUUUACUUCAGCCUGUGUAGUUGAUGUUGGGGACCAGAAAACUUCAAUUUCAUGUGUUGACGAUGGAAUCUCCCAACCAAGCACAAGGAUACGACUCGAUUAUGGUGGAGGUGACAUCACAGUCGUUUUCUAUAGAUUGUUGCAGAAAUGCUCAUUCCCUUAUAAGCAGUGCAACCUAUUAAAGACUAAAGAUGCUGUUUUACUGCAAAAGUUAAAGGAGGACUUCUGCCAUGUUGAUUUGGAUAUAUGUGGUCCUAGAGAAAAAUCCUUUGAAAUAACUUCUUCUGAGGGCUGCGUGCAAAGAGUUACCCUGCAGGUUGGAGACGAAUGCCUGAUUGCCCCUUUGAGUCUCUUUACUACAGACCUGUUGUCUAUAACCGGCACAAAAGGUGUCCAUGGACAGGUCUCCUAUGAGUUCCAGUCUGAGGAUCCUCAUGACGCCAACUAUCUCAGGGAAACCAGUCGGAAAGCAGCCAAAGAAAAUCUUGACGUGACUGGUGAUGGACCUGGAAACAUGUCUUGUCUAGGGAAUAUCCCUCUGCCUUUAGACAUAAACAGUGUAAUGGAGGAAGACAUUGUGGUAGAUGGAUUGGAUCCUACUUUCCAUGCCAGUUCACUGUUAACAGCAGCUGGUAAUAUCUUGCAGGAGAAGGAGAUUUUUGAGUCGGAAAUUUUGCUCAGCAUUGACCAGGCUAUUAUGCAAAGCAUUGAAAGAUGUUCUGAGGAAUUGAGGAAAAAAAUGUAUUCCUGUGUGCUGAUUGUGGGAGGCGGAAUGAAAUUUGUUGGAAUCAACACCUGGCUGCAAAACAAAAUCAGUCUGCAGAUUCCCUACAUGUAUAGAAGUGAGCAAAUGGAUGUCCUAACAUUCCUUAAAGAAACUGACCCACAAAUUACAACUUGGAAAGGAGCGAGCUUGAUGGCUACACUUGAGUCGGCUUCCGAGUUGUGGAUAAAAUCUCAAGACUGGUUAGAUAACGGAGCUAAGACACUCAGGGAAAAAGCUGCAUUUGUGUGGUAGAAUGUUUCAAGUUAAGUAUGAAUAAAACAAUUUUCAAAAAUAUGCAUUUGGUCUUUUCCAAACCAAUUAUUAUUAAUAUACAUAAGUUAUUUGGGUACAUUUGCAAAUAUUUUCGAAUAUAUCCAAAUAUUUGGUUAAAUAUGGUGUUCGUGGGUGUGUUUCU